AUGUCAGCUACGCAGCAGGCAGACGUCGAUGAUAUUCUUUCAUUCGUGCAAGAGUCAGGUGGCCGAUUCCUCCGUCCGCAGUGCAGCAUCCAGCUGUCGCCCGAGGGUGGCCUCGGCGUGUUCGCAGCCGAAGACAUCGCAGCCAACACCGUCCUGCUGCGCGUUCCGAAGUCCGCCGUCUUUUCGGCCCCCAACAGCAGCAUUGCCAAUCUCCUACUCGAGGAGGGCCUCCAUGGAAUGCUCGCGCUGGUGAUUGCGUUCAUCUACGAGACGACCGGGUUCCGGAAUGCCAGCCACUGGUGCAAGUACCUGCAUAGCAUCAGGUACACAGAUGCCCGGGGCAACCUCGUGCUGCCGCCGUCCUUCUGGCCUGCCAAGUCCAAGCACCCCCUUCGCGUCACCGCGCUAAAUACGCUGCACCAUGCCCUUGACGCGGAGCCCGAGGUCGUGGACGGGUAUGAGCGCGCCGUAGCUUGUGCUUACAAAUGGCGUACGGAGGCCGAUUUACCGAUUCCCCCGCUACUUCGCCGUCCAGAGACCGAUGAUCAGCGAACCCGCGGGUUGCGUCGGUUUGUCGCUGUGACCUACGCGCUCGCCUCGAGAGCGUUCGAUAUCGACGACUUCCAUGGAAAUGGCCUUGUCCCUAUUGCUGAUCUUUUCAACCAUCAUGUAACCCGCCCGCACGUCCGCUUCGAGGCCGCUGCUGAUGUAUGCGUCAUCUGCGGGGAGUCCGGUCCAUGCGGGCAUUCCCACACUGGCUUGCAAGCCGAAAGUCAACCCCUGUUGCCUAAUGCGGAGCUAUGCGUCCGCGAACCCGUCGAACGACCGGUGUCGCUUACGGCCAAGAUACAAGAGGAUCAUGCGGCAGACACAAGUACAGGCACACCUCCGGAGGCGUCUUGGCUCUCUUUUCCUGCGGAUGACUGUGUCGAUAUCAGGGCUGUCGCGGAUAUCCGGCGUGACACUGAGAUCUACAACACCUAUGGGGAACUCUCCAAUCCAUUACUUCUGGCGAGGUAUGGAUUUCGGGUAUUGCACAACCCGCAUGACGUCGCGCAUUUUGCCCCGGAGGUUCGUCGAUUGUGUAACCAGGGAGGCCAGGGUCUUGUGUCGCGACUACGCUGGUGGCAGCAGACCGGGUACGCUCUCUACUGCAAAGUUACUGGCGCUUCAGACGAUGGGGACUCGUGGCAAGAUGCAGUAUACGCCGAUAGCAGCGGAGAGCCUUCGCCCGCGCUCUGGGCGCUCGCAGAGCUACUUUCGGGUGCGGGGAACGGCUGGCGCAUGAUGCGGCGCAGCCCUGUAACCGCGGCCAGCGUGUGGAGCCGACGGAAUGCAAACGGAGGGCGGAAUCGGCGGGCGCUGACCGUACUUCGCAGACUUGCGGCGCUGAAACGAGCGUUACUUUUAGCAGCACUGCCCGAGCGGCAUUCAAUGGGCACAGAGCUGUUAGAGGAUGAAAUAAGCAUUGUAAAUCGACUCCUGGAAAAGCUCGGCCGCUCCAGGAAAGCACUCUAG